AUGGACAGGAAGCUGAGGCCGCUGCCGCAGCCGGCGGUGAGGAGCGCGGCGUGGCCCGUCGGCCUGCUCGUCGCGCUAUGCUUCACGACGCUGCCGCUCUUCCUCGCGCUGUCACCCGGGCGGCCAACCCUGUUCGACCUGUGGCAGCAGAUCGGCAUCAGAGUAGCCGUGCACUACGAUGACGAGCCGAAGCCGUCGUCGGAGCCCUCGGAUUCGCCUCUGGAGAGCCGCGACAUCCUCCUCGGCGGCCUGCUCUCGCCGGACGUCAGCGAGAGCACCUGCCUGAGCCGGUACCUCUCCUCGCUGUACCGCAAGGCGUCGCCGCACUCGCCGUCGCCGUACCUCGUGUCGCGGCUGCGCAAGUACGAGGCGCUCCACCGCAGGUGCGGGCCCGGCACGCCCCUGUACGACAAGUCCGUGCGGCAGCUCGCCUCCGCCCACACCAGCAUGGGCCUCGCCGAGUGCAGCUACCUCGUGUGGACGCCCGGCAACCACCUCGGCGACCGCAUGGUCUCCAUGGCGUCCGCCUUCCUCUACGCGCUGCUCACCCGCCGCGUCUUCCUCGUCCACAUGGCCAAGGACAUGGCGGGCCUCUUCUGCGAGCCCUUCCCUGGCGCGUCGUCGUGGGAGCUGCCCCCGGGCUUCCCCGUGCACAACCUCACGCAGCUCCGCCGCGGCAGCGAGCAUAGCUACGGGACCCUGCUCGGGGCCAAGAAGAUCAGCGACGAGGACCCCGUCGGCGUGCGGUCCGAGUCGCUGCCGUCGUACGCGUACCUCCACCUGGCGCACGACUACCAGCUGCCCGACCAGCGCUUCUUCUGCGACGACGACCAGACCGUGCUGGGGAAGGUGAACUGGCUGCUGCUGCGCUCCGACCUCUACUUCGCGCCGGGGCUGUUCCUCGUGCCGCAGUUUGAGGACGAGCUCCGGUGGAUGUUCCCGGCCACGGACACGGUGUUCCACCACAUCGGAAGGUACCUGUUCCACCCGUCCAACAAGGUGUGGAAGAUGAUCCAGGGGUACUACACGUCGUACAUGGCCAAGUUCGAUGAGAAGAUUGGGAUUCAGAUCACGACCCUCGCCGGGAACCCCGUGUCGACGGAGGCGUACUUCAACCAGAUCGCGGCUUGCACGAGCCAGGAGAAGAUCCUGCCCGAGGUAGACCCCAAAGUGGCGUCGAGUGAGAAGAAGGAGGCGGCUGCGACGUCGUCGAAGGCCGUGCUCGUCAUCUCGGCGCAGCAGGAGUACGCCGAGAGGCUCAAGUCCAUGUACUACGAGCACGCCACGGUUACCGGCGAGCCGGUCAGCGUGCUGCAGCCACCGGGAGCCGGAAACCAGCCGCAGAACCACAAGGUGCUGGUGGAGAUGUUCCUGCUGAGCUACUGCGACGUGUCCGUGGUGAGCGGGUGGUCAACGGUGGGCUACGUCGGCCACGGCCUCGCCGGGGUGAGCCCGUGGCUGCUACUGCCGCCGACGAACCAGACGGUGGCACACCCGCCCUGUGUCCGGGCAAUGUCCAUGGAGCCGUGCUUCCACGCGCCGCCGACUUAUGACUGCAGGGCCAAGACAAACGGCGACCUCGGCGCCGUUCUCCGGUGUCUCAGGCGUUGCGAGGACGUGGAUGGUGGCCUCAAAUUGUUUGAUUGAUUUUGACGAAGUUUGAUCAGAUCCGAUCGUGUAUGUAACAUAUCAUUUUUCCCCAGAAGUCAGAUUCGAAAGAAAUUUCAGAAUUAUUUAUCUUCUUUUCAUAAAUGUAUUUAUAAUAAGAGAACCUACAUUCAUGCAGCAUUUUUUUAAUUUUCUUGUUGUUUUUUGUGUUUGUUUGUUUGUUUUUUUGCUUGGGGCUUCAGA